ACAUUUGUAUAUGCACAAAUUUAUAAAUAUUUUAUAAAAGAAGAAUAUAUGAAUACGUACUACUGAAUACCUGAAUUAAUACACACCAGAAAUUUACAUGAAUAAACUUCUCUGUUACUAAAGCCUUUACAGUACAUUAAUAAAUAUACAAAUACAUUUUAAUAUAUAAAUUAGUCAAUCUCAAUUUAAAGUAAAAUUAACAAUCUGUAUUAUAUAAAAUAUACUUAUAUCAAUAUAUAUAAUUAAUUGUAUAUUUACAUAUAUAAUAUUAAUCUAUUCAACGUAAUAAAUACAAUUCUUGUAUUCGUUAUACCUUUCAAAAUCGUUAACGGUUUUCGUCCGUUUAUUUUCCCGCCUUCAGGUGCUAUUGUUAAAAUCUGUUUUUCUUAGUCAACUACAAGAUAUUUUAAUUUAUAAAUAACUCCUACAUUUAUUUAAAUUAAAAGUGAGUGUACUAAUGAAUAGUUUUAUUAUUUAUGUUUCUGAAAAUACUGAAAUUUAUAUGUACAACAGCUGACAUAUGAAAAUUUAUAGGUUAAAUAGUUUUUGUUAGUGCCUAGUACUUACAUGUAUUCAGUUGUUUCUUAUUCUACGCGCGAAGAACGAUUUGUUUAUGUUUUAUUGUGAGCUAUUAAAAAACAUAUUGUCACGGUGUAUAAUUGCAAAUAUCUAGUUAAACAAUCAUCUGUUUAACAUGAAACUUCAUUGUAACAUAAAAGUAAACAAUAGAUUAUUUACAACAAAUGUAAUAAGAAGAAAGCCAUUACGUUCCAUAAUAGCAAUUGGGAGACAAACAGUAAAAAAUAUGGACAUAUAUCUGCUUUUGCAAACAUUACAAAAUAAGCAUGGUACUAAAUACAAGGUUAAUAAUAAUGUAGACAAAAUAUAUAUAAAAUUUAUUAAUGAAGGAAAAGCCACAAUUAGCUUUAUAGAACCACCUCAUGAUUUAAUUAUUCAAUCUGAUAAAAUUCAACUCAAAAGUUUUAUUCACAUUUUAAAACUUGCAAUAAUUAAAAAGGUUGAUCCAUCAGUUCUUGAUAUUUCAAAUUUGAACCCAAAAUGUAUGAGUUCUGCACCAAAGAUUAAAGUAGUGAUUAAUAAAUCUUCUGAAUAUCCAACUUUAGAAGGUUUUCCAAGAACAACUGAAGAAUUAUAUUUAGUAGGAUUAAAUAGAAAAUCAUUCGAUAGGCAAAUUUUAAGACUCCAAAGCUUAAGAAUUUUAAAUUUGUCUAACAAUCAAAUUUCAUCUUUACCAAACGAACUUGGCACUUUACAGCAUUUACAAGAACUUAUUUUAUCACAAAACCGGCUUGAUAGGGCUUUCAAAUGGGUAUGGUUAAAUCAAGUUGCUAUAAGAUCUAACUUAAAAUUAUUGGAUAUAAGUAAUAAUUUGUUAUACAAAUUACCACAACAAAUUGGAAAACUUGAGAGUCUUGUUAAUUUGAAGGCUAGUCAGAAUAUGUUAUCAUUCUUACCACAGAGUCUUGGAAAUUUACAUAAUUUAAAAUAUUUAGAUCUAUCAAAAAACAAAUUACGUUACUUACCUGGAAGUAUAAGGAAUUUACAUUUGAUUACAGUAGACGUAUCAAACAAUGACUUUUCUUCUGUACAUUAUGCAUUAUAUUCUAAGUCUAAAAUAAAUGUGCCAAGUUUAACUGAAUGUGCAGCUACGUCAUUUCUGAAAACAAGAUGUUCAUAUGAUGCAAGCAUAAUUCCAUUUACAUUGGUAAAGUAUUUAGAUGAGGCAAAGUAUUGUCUCUGUGGAAAUCCAUGUUUUCAUUAUUAUCUAAGAAAAUUUGUGAGUUUUGAUUGCAAUAUAGCAACAAAUAUUAUAAAGUCAACAGAAUCUACUCUACUACCAUUUGAUUGCUACUUCUGUUCAAGUAAAUGUGUAUAUUAUGCAAUGUUUUGUAAAUAAUUUAUUAUUUUUAAAUUGAGCAUUAAAAAGAUAUUUAAAAAUA